AUGAUCCCAAUUGCCAGGCACUCUGUCCUGCGGGCUGCCCGCACCCAGCUCUAUCCCACCCGCACACUGAGCCAGUCGGCGCUCGCCCGCCUUCUCUCGACCCUCGCAGUCCUCGAGCAGCGUGAUGGCAAGCUGCAGUCCUCAUCCUUGUCCGCAAUCGCGGCUGCACAGAAGCUCGGUGGCUCAGUAACGGCCUUCCUCGCUGGCUCUGGUGUUAAAGCUACCUCUGCUGCCGAGGCUGCUAAGAUCAAGGGCAUUGAGAAGGUCCUGGCUGUUGAGAACGACGCCUACGAGAAGGGCCUCCCCGAAAACUAUGCGCCUCUCCUCGUUGAGAAUAUCAAGAAGGGCGAAUUCACCCACAUUGUCGCCGGCCACUCCGCCUUCGGCAAGAGCCUGCUACCCCGCGUGGCCGCUCUCCUGGAUGUGCAGCAGAUCUCAGAUAUCACCGGCAUCGAGAGCGAGGACACCUUCGUCCGCCCCAUCUACGCCGGCAAUGCUAUCCUGACCGUCCAGUCUACUGACAACAUCAAGGUGAUCACGGUGCGAGGCACCGCCUUCCAAGGCGUCGAGACCGAGGGCGGCUCCGCCGAGAUUGCCGACGGAGCGGACCCCAACGCCCCCGCCUCGACCGAGUGGGUGUCUGAGGAACUGGCCAAGUCUGAGCGUCCCGACCUCGCCACUGCCACCCGUGUCGUGUCGGGAGGCCGUGGAUUGAAGUCCAAGGAGGAGUUCGACCGCAUCAUGCUUCCGCUGGCGGACUCGCUUGGCGCUGCUAUUGGUGCUUCGCGUGCUGCCGUUGACAGUGGCUUUGCCGAUAACAGUCUGCAGGUUGGUCAGACUGGUAAGAAUGUUGCGCCUCAGCUUUACCUCUGUGCUGGUAUCUCUGGUGCUAUUCAGCACUUGGCUGGUAUGAAGGAUAGCAAGGUCAUUGCUGCUAUUAACAAGGAUCCUGAGGCUCCUAUCUUCCAGGUUGCUGAUGUUGGCCUCGUUGGUGAUCUCUUUGAGAAGGUUCCUGAGUUCACUGAGAAGGUGAAGAGCGCAUAA